AUGAGGCCGAGCGGACCUCGCUGCUGGAUUACUCCUGGAAUCGCUUCAGAGUGUGUGCAGGACACGAAUAUCUGGCCUCCUAUACGGCAGCUUUCCUGGGAAUCCGGGGUCAGUCAUCCGGGAUCUGAUGAACAGACUCGAGUCGCCCAUCUUCCCCCAUUCACUGAUUGGGUCGAAUACGCUGGUGUGUUGCGGUUCAUGAUCCACAUCCUCACCGCGGGUGCAUAA